AUGUCAUCUUCAGAAAGUAAAGAAGAGAAUUAUUCCAAUGAUAAGGAAAAUGAUUCAAUUGCUGAUUCCAUUGAAUCAGUUAAGCAAUAUAACGGUAGAGCCGAAUCAAUCGCUAAUGUUUCAGAAGAACAAUCUGCCACAGAACAAUUAUCACGUAACUUAAGUAAAGUUCUAUCCAAUGCCGAUGGUGUCGAAAGAUUAGAAUCUCUAGCAAGAGUUCUAUCUACAAAAACUAAGAAAGAAAUGCAAUCUUUCGAAGUGAAUGAUUUAGAUUUCGAUUUACGUUCUUUACUUAACUAUUUAAGAAACCGUCAAAUUGAACAAGGUAUCGAACCAGGUGAUUCAGGUGUCGCUAUGAAAAAUUUAACAGCUAUCGGUGUUGACGCCUCUGCUGCUUAUGGUCCAAGUGUCGCUGAAAUGCUUAGAGACUGUGUCAACUUCCCAGUUAACUUCUUUAAGAAAUUCUCUAAAAAAAGUAGUCUUCCCACUAGAAAAAUUAUUCGUGAUUUCUCAGGUGUUAUUGAAUCAGGAGAAAUGUUAUUCGUGGUCGGUAGACCAGGUGCUGGUUGUUCCACUUUAUUAAAAUGUAUCUCUGGUGAAACUUCAGAAUUAUUAGAUGUUCAAGGUGAAUUCAGUUACGAUGGUCUAUCUCAAGAAGAAAUGAUCUCCAAAUAUAAGGGUUACGUCAUUUACUGUCCUGAAUUGGAUUUCCAUUUCCCAAAAAUUACAGUUAAAGAAACAAUAGAUUUUGCUUUAAAAUGUAAGACGCCACGUACAAGAAUUGAUAAUAUGACAAGAGCUGAAUAUGUCGAUAAAUUAAGAGAUAUGUGGUGUACAGUUUUUGGUUUAAGACAUACAUAUGCCACUAAAGUCGGUAAUGAUGUCGUCAGAGGUGUCUCCGGUGGUGAACGUAAGCGUGUUUCUUUAGUCGAAGCUCAAGCUAUGGGUGCUUCCAUUUAUUCAUGGGAUAACGCUACUAGAGGUUUAGAUGCUUCUACCGCUUUAGAAUUUGCACAAGCUAUUAGAACUGCUACCAACAUGAUGAAUAAUUCCGCCAUUGUGGCCAUUUACCAAGCUGGUGAAAAUAUCUAUAAGUUAUUUGAUAAAGCCACCGUUUUAUACAAUGGUAGACAAAUUUACUUCGGUCCAGCAAAUAAAGCUGUUGAUUAUUUCACUAAUAUGGGUUGGGUCAAACCAGAUAGAAUGACCUCCGGUGAAUUCUUAACCGCUGUUACUGUUGAUUUUGAAAAUACUUCCUUAACAAUUAAGCCAGGUUAUGAAGAUAAGGUUCCAAAAUCUGGUGAUGAAUUUGAAGAGUAUUGGUUCAACUCCCCUGAAUAUCAAGCUUGUUUACAAGAGUACGAUGACUAUCAAGCUAGACAUAAUGCAGAUGAAACAAGAGAUAGACUAGAAGUUGCUAAAGAGCAAAGAAGACAACAAGGUGUCAGAAAAAGUUCUCAAUACACAGUCAACUAUUGGUCUCAAGUUUAUUACUGUAUGAUUCGUGGUUUUCAAAGAGUUAAGGGUGAUUCCAUUUAUACUCAAAUUUAUGUUUCUUCGUUCUUAAUUAAGGGUUUGGUUGUUGGUUCUAUGUUCCACAGAAUUGAUCCUAAAAAUCAAUCCACUACUUCUGGUGCAUACUCUCGUGGUGGUAUUUUAUUCUAUGUGUUACUGUUCUCGGCUGUUACUUCCUUGGCUGAAAUUUCAAAUUCUUUUGCCAAUAGACCUAUUAUUGUUAAACAUAAAACCUAUACAAUGUAUCAUUUGUCUGCCGAAGCUUUACAAGAAAUUAUUACCGAAAUUCCUACAAAAUUAAUUGCUAUUAUUGUAUUAAGUUUAGUUUCUUACUGGAUUCCAUACUUGAAAUACGAAGCCGGUGCUUUCUUCCAAUAUUUCUUAUAUUUGUUUACUGUCCAACAAUGCACUUCUUUCAUCUUUAAAUUAGUUGCUACUAUUACAAAGGAUGGUGUUACAGCACAUUUUGUCGGUGGUCUAUACGUUUUAAUGUUAACCUGUUACGCUGGGUUUGUCUUACCAAUUGGUGAAAUGCAUCAUUGGAUUAGAUGGUUCCAUUAUUUAAAUCCUUUAACUUAUGGCUUCGAAUCGUUGAUGAGCACUGAAUUCCAUGGCAGACAAAUGUUAUGUAGUAAAUUGGUUCCAAGUGGUGCCGGUUACGAAGAUAUCAGUGUUGCUAACCAAGUUUGUGAUGCUGCCGGUGCUGUCAAAGGUAAUCUAUAUGUUUCUGGUGAUGAUUAUGUCCUAAAAUCAUACCAUUUUGCUUAUAAGCAUGCCUGGAGAAAUUGGGGUGUUAAUGUUGUCUGGACUGUUGGUUAUAUUAUUGCCAAUGUUGUCUUAUCUGAAUACUUAAAACCCGUUGAAAGUGGUGGUGAUUUGUUAUUAUACAAGAGAGGUCAUAUGCCAGAAUUUGGUACCGAAAGUGCCGAAGCAAGAACUGCUACCAGAGAAGAAAUGAUGCAUGCUUUGAAUGGUCCUAACGUCGAUUUAGAAGCUGUCAUUGAUUCUAAAGAUGUUUUCACUUGGAACCACUUGAAUUACACUAUUCCUUACGAUGGUGCUACUAGACAAUUGUUAAAUGAUAUUUUUGGUUAUGUUAAGCCCGGUAAAAUGACUGCCUUAAUGGGUGAAUCUGGUGCUGGUAAGACUACUUUGUUAAAUGUUUUAGCUCAAAGAAUCAAUAUGGGUGUUAUCACAGGUGAUAUGCUAGUUAAUGCAAAGGAUUUACCAGCUUCAUUUAACAGAUCUUGUGGUUAUGUUGCUCAAGCUGAUAACCAUAUGGGUGAAUUGUCUGUCAGAGAAUCGUUACAAUUUGCUGCUGAAUUGAGACAACCAAAAAAUGUUUCAAUUGAAGAAAAACAUGAAUAUGUUGAAAAGAUUAUUAGUUUAUUAGGUAUGCAAAACUAUGCUGAAGCUUUAAUUGGUAAAACUGGUAGAGGUCUAAAUGUCGAACAAAGAAAGAAAUUAUCCAUUGGUGUUGAAUUAGUUGCUAAACCAUCUCUAUUGUUAUUCUUAGAUGAACCAACUUCUGGUUUAGAUUCGCAAUCAUCUUGGUCUAUUGUUCAAUUCUUAAGAGCUUUGGCUGAUUCUGGUCAAUCUAUUUUAUGUACUAUCCAUCAACCUUCUGCUACAUUGUUCGAACAAUUCGAUAGACUAUUAUUAUUGAAGAAAGGUGGUAAAAUGGUUUAUUUCGGUGAUAUUGGCCCAAAUUCUUCUACUUUAUUGAAAUAUUUUGAACGUCAAUCUGGUGUCAAGUGUGGUGUCUCUGAAAAUCCCGCUGAAUAUAUUUUGAAUUGUAUUGGUGCCGGUGCUACUGCUAGUGCAUCUGCUGAUUGGAAUGACUUGUGGUUAGCUUCCCCUGAAUGUGCUCAAGCAAGAGCUGAAGUUGAAGAAUUACAUAGUAGAUUAGCAUCAAGACCUGUUGAAGAGAAUCCUGACUUAGCAGGUAGGUUUGCUGCCUCUUAUCUAACUCAAAUGAAAUGUGUUGUUCGUAGAACUUUUAUUCAAUUCUGGAGAUCUCCUAUUUAUAUCAGAGCUAAGUACUUAGAAUGUGUUACUUGUGCGUUGUUCGUUGGUUUAUCUUAUGUUGGUGUUAAUCACUCUAUUGGUGGUGCAAACGAAGCUUUCGCUUCUAUUUUUAUGUUAUUGUUGAUUGCAUUAGCUAUGAUUAACCAAAUUUGUGUUUUUGCUUUCGAUUCCAGAGAAUUAUAUGAAGUCAGAGAAGCUGCCUCCAACACUUUCCAUUGGAGUGUAUUGCUAUUAUGUCAUACAUUCGUCGAAAUUGUUUGGUCCACAUCCGCGCAAUUAUUCUGUUUCUUAUUCUACUAUUGGCCUGCUCAAUAUAAUGGUAGAGCCGACCAUGCUGGUUUCUUCUUCUUCUUCUACGUUUUAAUCUUCCCAAUUUACUUUGUUUCAUAUGGUUUAUGGUUAUUAUAUUUAUCCCCAGAUGUUCCUUCCGCCUCUAUUAUUAACUCUAAUUUAUUCGCUGCUAUGUUAUUAUUCUGCGGUAUCUUGCAACCAAGAGAAAAGAUGCCAGGUUUUUGGAGAGGUUUAAUGUACAAUGUUUCUCCAUUUACUUAUGUCGUCCAAGCCUUAGUUACUCCUUUAGUUCACGAGAAGUCUUUACAAUGUGGUGAACAUGAAUUUAACAUCAUGGAUCCAAUUGCUGGUCAGACUUGUGGAGAAUUCUUGAGUACUUAUAUUGAUAACAAUGGUGGUUAUUUAACUAAUCCAAAUGCUACUGCUGACUGUCGUUACUGUGCAUAUACCAACCAAGCUGCUGCUGUUGAAAAAUUCAACAUUAAAUGGGACUACAGAUGGAGAAACUUCGGUUUUAUGUGGGUUUACAUCUGUUUCAAUAUUUUCAUCAUGCUGUUCAGUUACUACGUGAUGAGAGUCAAGGUCUGGUCUUUGAAAUCAGUUCUGGACUUUAAAAACUGGUUCCAUGGUCCAAGAAAAGAUAGACAUGAAAAAGAUAAAUCUAUCUUCCAAGAAAAGCCAGGUGAUGCUGAAAAGGUUGCUAGAGAUACCAAAAUCUCUGCGUAA